AUGUCUCUUCUAGGUUUGAACCUGAAUAUUAUGACAUAUAAUAUGCUCAUCAACGGCUACUUUAAUAAGGGAUUGGUCAAAGAAGCUACAGAGCUGCUAGAAGAUGCUGACAAAAAUGGUUUAAUUCCUAGUGUUAUAACUUUCAAUACUUUGAUUGAUGCUCAUUGCAAGGCUGGCAUGAUGGAUGAAGCUGUUGCAUUGCAGAAGUUAAUGUUUUAUAGAAACAUUUCCCCAGAUGUCUCAACAUAUAAUUGCUUGAUUGGGGGCUUUUAUAAAAAUGACGAUUUUCAGGCAGCUGGUGAUAUAUGGUAUAUGGCAAUUGUUUACCAGUUAAAAUCCCAGUUCUCUCUUAUAGAUUUUUGGACGGUUGUAUUGGGAACAGGUUCAAAGCUUUUCUAUACUGCCAAACUCUGUGCAGAGGCGGAACAUCUUACAAGCGCUGAAGGAUCUGGUGAAGUCUUACAAGAGAAUCGUCUGAUUCAAAAAUCUUAUAGACCUGUGUCCAAUACAGCUUCUGAACAGGAAGAAAAAAGGUUCUUUUUUGCGAGAAAAGGUAGUUAUAUUUUAAAAGCUAAAGAGGACGUUUUUCAAGGGCAAUCUAGAGAUGGUUAUAUGAAGAGCUACAGCUUUGUUCAGCCAGCUUUUUCAGUUGUUAGAGUUGUUGAUGAAAUCCUUCUACCCUCCGGUAAAGUAAUUGUAGAUAUCCCUAAGACCAAGGAGAAAGUUGAAGUUUAUCUUGAAGAGAUACUGGAGAUGUCCUGUGUCCUGGCAAAGAAGAACAAGAAAGGGCAUGUUGUAGAUGUCAUUUGCUAUAUUCUUUCUAUGGAAGAGCGCUUGCGAGUACCUGUCAACACUCAUAUACUUCUAUUAGAAAGAACUCGUAAAAUUUUUGUAGCAUUCAUAACUAACACCACUACGAUGAAGCUUACUCCUAAAGCUUUUGCUGCCUUCUUUCAUGGUGGUACUACUGGUAUUACUCCUUUUCCUUCUUUAUCUUUUUAUUUUCAUUCAUGCAAUUACUCCAUUGUAACUGAUGCUGUUAUUCAAGAUCAUAGGUUAUUUCUUCAAUCAGUUAGAGAACACUGCAAAUUAGGGUUUUCAAAUCUCAAUUUCCCCCUUUCUCUCUUCCAUCAAAUGCUCUCUUUGCGCCCUCUUCCUUCUGUUAUCUAUUUCAAUCAGCUCUUCACUGCCAUUUCCAAAUUGAAACACCUUCAACCUCACUCCACCAUCAUCUCUCUCCUCAGGGACCUUGAAUUGUCAGGUAUUCCACCCGAUAUGCAUACAUUGGGUAUUCUCACUAAUUGUUACUGCCAUUUGGGCCGUGUUGAUUUCGGCUUCUCUCUUCUCGCCAAAAGACUUAAGCUUGGUUACCCCUGAUGUGAUUGUGUUAUCUUUAACAUCUUAAUCAAUGGCUUUAUCCACUGUGAUAAGCUUCCUCAAGCUCUUCAAUUGCUCGAUCAAAUUGUUAAGCUAGGUUUCCAACCCGAUAUUGUUACCUAUGGUGCUAUGUUCAAAGGCCUUUGUCAGAUUGGUGACAAUGCUGCAGCCCUUCACUUGCUUAAGAGGAUGCAUUCUGGUUGUUGCAAACACCUUGUUAUAUAUAGCACCAUUAUUGAUAGUCUUUGUAAGGAUAGGCUGUUGAGAGGCCCUCGACCUUUCACUGCCAUGAGUGAGGGCAUUAUACCUAAUGUUGUCACUUAUACCUCCUUGAUUAGAGGUCUUUACAACUCCGGCUUCAAGGUCGAGGCUAAAGAUAUGCUAGCUCAGAUGUUGGUGUGUAACAUAGCACCAAGUGUUAUCACCUUCAGCAUGCUGGUUGACAUGUUUUGCAAAGACGGGAAUGUUGAUGAAGCACAAGCUAUUAUAGACUACAUGAUUGAGAGAGGUGAGAUUCCAAAUGUCAUAACUUACAGUGCUUUACUUGAUGGUUAUUGUUUGCGUGGUCAGAUGGAGGAUGCGGAAAAACUACUUGAUUUGAUGGCCAAGAAUGGUUGUGAGCCUGAUCUUGUAAGUUUUGGCACUAUCGUUAAUGGAUAUUGCAAGGCUAGAAACAUGGACAAGGCCCUCAACUCAUUCCAAGAAAUACUUCAGAAAGGGAUGACACCUAAUGUUAUUACCUAUACCACUCUCAUUGAUGCAUUGUGCAAAGCCAAUAGACUUUCCCUUGCACGCCAGAUGUUCAAGGAUAUGCAAGGUCAUGGAAUUAUUCCUAAUGUUGUCACAUAUGGUUCAUUGCUUGAUAGCUUAUGCAAAAAUGCUUUACUUGAUGAGGCAGUGGCAUUACUUGAAGAAAUGGAGAAUAAUGGUGUUAAGCCUACUGUUGUCAUAUAUGGUAUCCUGAUGGACAGCUUGUGUGAGGCUGGGAAACUUGAAGAUGCAGCAAAAAUUUUCUCGGAUCUUGUAUUGAGAAGGCUAGAACCUAAUGUUAAAAUAUACACAAUUUUGAUGAAAGGCUUGUGCAAGAAAGGCCUUAUGGAUGAAGCUAAUCAACUGUUGAGGAAAAUGGAGAAUGAUGGUUGCUCUCCUGAUGAAUUAACCUAUAAUACAAUCAUUAGAGGAUAUAUUCUCAAAAAUGACUUGACAAAUGCAUCGUAUUAUUGUGAUCUUAUGGUUAGCAAGGGAUUAAAAGGCGAUGCUAACACUUUCUCUUUACUGGUUGGCCUAUUGUCGUCUGUAACUUGAGUGAUUCAUCUAGGGAUCUUCUUAGGAAGUUCUUCUAAGAUGAUUGGAAAUUGCAACUAGCGUUGAUACUUUAUCAUUACUGGGUUGCCUAUUGUCAUCUGCUUCAAGUAUUCAAGUUAGCAUUCUAUUUGAGGAGUUAGGCAUCAAACAUCGCGGCUGAAUCCUAUAGACUCCUACCCGCACGCAAGCUAUUCUAGAUAUACGCGAGCUAAUAGAAUUUGUUAUUAAGUCGAAAUGAAUAUUUAACACUACAUGCAGGUAUUUCUACAGUUGAUCUGUAGUUCUAUAUCAGUUCUAGAGAAAUAAAUUACCAUCUUCAUGUUGAUUGAUGUUUAUAUUUUUCAAACAGAUUGUAAUUCUUUUUCCACAAUAUUCCGUUAUCAUUUUUACCCAAAUGC